CCACUGCUUAAAUCCCUCUCCUUCCUCUCCCCUUCGCCUCCACCACCUCCAGCUCCACCUCGUCUCCCACCACCGCCGCGCGCGAGCCCUAGCCCGAUCUCGCCGGCACCACGCCUCAGAUCCCGCCGCCCGUGCCGCCCAGGGACGCGCGCCGCCGGAUUCGCCGCUCCUCGCGCCGCAGCGCGCCCUGACCGGACCAGGCAAAGAAGGCAACUCUGGAGGCAUAGCACAAUUCAUCCUGGCUGGAGGUUCCUGCGUGGCAUGCAGUAUUGCAGUACUGGUGGAGGCUGUCAUCACAAGGCAUAUAUUGUUGUGAUUUGGCGAUGGCAAGGAGAUGAAACAGGUGUGGCAGCGGAGCAGCAAGGACAUGACAGCCAUGCCCCCUCCGCGCCACCGAGGCGCUGCUAAGAAGCCCAUGUGGAUCAUCGUGCUAUUGUCGUUGGUUUGCGUUGCACUUAUGGGGGCCUACGUCUACCCACCACGGCGCUACUCUGCAUGCUACUUCUUUGCUUCAAGUGUCUGUACUCCGUUCAAGGAUUGGCUACCUAAUGUUGCUCGGGAGAGAACUGAUGAAGAGAUUGUUUCAUCUGUGGUUAAUAGGGACCUCCUUUCAAUGCCUAUGCCUGUGUCAAAAAAUCCAAAGAUUGCCUUUAUGUUCUUGACACCAGGUUCAUUGCCUUUUGAGAAAUUAUGGGAGAAAUUUUUACAGGGUCACGAUGGGCGAUAUUCCAUCUAUAUCCACGCAUCUCGUGAGAAACCUGUACAUUCUAGCUCUCUGUUUGUUGGCCGUGAAAUUCGCAGUGAAAAGGUAGUAUGGGGGAGGAUUUCAAUGGUUGAUGCAGAGAAGAGGCUAUUAGCAAAUGCAUUGGAAGAUGUUGAUAAUCAAUUUUUCAUCUUGCUUUCUGACAGCUGUGUUCCACUACAUACAUUUGAUUACAUAUAUAAUUAUCUGAUGGGAACCAAUGUCAGCUUCAUUGAUUGUUUCCUAGAUCCUGGCCCGCAUGGAACUGGAAGGUAUUCCACGGAAAUGCUUCCUGAAAUAGAACAGAGGGACUUCAGGAAGGGUGCCCAGUGGUUUGCUAUAACACGAAGGCAUGCUUUACUGAUUCUGGCAGACAACCUUUACUACAAUAAGUUCAAGCUAUAUUGCAAGCCAGCAGAGGGACGCAACUGUAUUGCUGAUGAGCAUUAUUUGCCAACCCUCUUCAAUAUGGUGGAUCCUGGUGGAAUUGCCAACUGGUCACUUACUCAUGUUGAUUGGUCUGAGGGAAAAUGGCAUCCAAGGUCAUAUAGGGCUGCAGAUGUUACCUAUGAACUCUUAAAGAACAUAACGUCUGUCAGUGAGAAUUUCCACAUUACAAGUGAUGAUAAGAAAGUUGCGACUGUGGCCCCAUGUAUGUGGAACGGAACAAAAAGACCGUGCUACCUUUUUGCUAGAAAGUUUUACCCAGAAACUCUGAACAACCUAUUGAAGCUAUUCUCCAGUUACACAUCAGCUUGAGUUCUACAUGAUUUUUUGUCUUUGGCCUAGGAGAUUCACCUAGGAUUUCUUUCCUUUUUUCUCUCUCUGUUUCAUGUAAAUUGUGAAAUUGAUACUUAGCGGCUUAACACAGAGUCACAGAUCCAGGGCCAGAGACAUCUUGUAAUUCUGAGUCCCUUGGUAGGGCUGAGGUGCUCUUUGUUUAGUAUUGACACUGCCCUCCCUGUAAUUCGUGGUGCCCUCUGUAUGUUUCUGUUAGCCCUUCACUUCACCUUUCACCUCCUCUCUCAUAUUCUUAGAUUCCUAGCUACCAUUUCCUGAGUAACAGGGGUUUUGUCAGCACGAACUGUUAUUAUAUGAUUAAUUCUUUUGUAGACACCAAGUGAUUAUGAAAUGAGUUACACUUUAUAGUUUAA